UGUGUCAAGCAAACUGCAGCCCGCCAUUGUGUAGAGCCCAGGCUUGUAGAGGGAGAAGGCGCUUGGCUGAGAGCACCCGAUAAAAAAAGCGAUUCAACCACCUGCCGCUUCUCUUUAGACGUCUAAACGUUGAGCUCAGGGGAGGACAUGUCCGCCAGCAGCCUCCUGGAACUGGUAACGAGAGGACUCUUCUGAAGCGGCAGCAUCGCGCUAGUUAGCGAGGAUAGCUUAGCACCGAGGCAGCGGCUCAAGGCCUGAAGUGAUAGCUGAUCCGAUCUCGAUUUUUUCCCCCUCCUCUCUUCUCCAAAAUCAAACCUUCAUGAAUCACCUGGACCCAAUCCAGAGACCGAAAGGCCAAGCGAAUAAAGUGCAAAACGGAGCUGUGACCCAGAAGGAUACUUUGAAUGACGAUGAGUUUGAGCCUUACCUGAAUACCCAGCCAAGACAGAGCAAUGCCUAUACGGCCAUGUCGGACUCCUACAUGCCCAGUUACUACAGUCCCUCCAUAGGAUUUUCCUACUCCCUGAAUGAGGCAGCAUGGUCCACAGGUGGGGACCCGCCCAUGCCUUACAUGGCCUCUUAUGGACAACUAAGCAAUGGGGAGCCCCACUACCUCCCGGACGCUAUGUUUGGACAGCCUGGCCCGUUGGGAAAUAAUCCGUUUCUGGGUCAGCAUGGAUUCAACUUCUUCCCCAGUGGCAUCGACUUCUCGGCCUGGGGUAACAGCAGUUCUCAGGGACAGUCGGGGACGCCGCAGAGCUCUGGCUACAGCAGCAGCUAUGCGUAUGCUCCCAGCUCGCUUGGGGGAGCCAUGAUGGAUGGACAGUCACCGUUUGCACCUGCUGCCAAUGAGCCUCUCAACAAGGCACCUGGGAUGAACAGCCUGGACCAGGGCAUGGCAAGUCUAAAGAUCGGUGGUGCGGCUCCAGGCGGCAAUGGAGACAUGACUCCUAAGGUGGUGGGUUCUGGCUUACCCGGUGGAGGCCAACUGGGGACUGUGUCGUCCGUAGGGCCUCCCAGCAUGCCUCCAGUCCCCAUCGCUCCUGCCAAGCCUGCCUCUUGGGCUGACAUUGCCAGCAAACCUGCCAAGCCUCAGCCCAAGCUGAAAACCAAGGGUGGCAUGGCCGGGGCAAAUUUGCCUCCCCCGCCCAUUAAACAUAACAUGGACAUUGGCACCUGGGACAACAAGGGUACAAUGCCUAAAGCUGCCACUCCUCAUCAGGUGCCCCCGGUCUGUAGUAAUGGACAGCCCCCGAAUCAGGCCUCCCCUCAGCCUGGGGCAACUGCUGUUGGAAACCCACAGAUGCCCCUGAGCAAUGGACAACUGGUAACCCCUGUUUCCCAGAUGGGGCAGCACCAGCUUCCACCUGUUGGGCAGCCUGGUAUGGCCCCGAUGCCCCAGCCUCCACUCCCCCAGGGUCCGCCCCUUCCCCAAAACCAACAGCAGACUCAACCGACUCGCUGGGUCCCGCCACGGAACCGCGCCAACGGAUUUGGGGAUGCGGUUGUAAGUGGUUCUGGUCACUCGCCUCCGACUUCAUCUGGCAUGGUCGUGGUGCCCGGAGUCCCGUCCGAGCCUCACCCAGUCUUAGAGAAGUUGCGUAUGGUCAACAAUUAUAAUCCCAAGGACUUUGACUGGAACCCCAAGUCUGGCCGCGUGUUUAUUAUCAAGAGUUAUUCUGAAGAUGACAUCCACCGGUCCAUCAAGUACAACAUUUGGUGCAGCACAGAGCAUGGGAACAAGAGGUUGGAUGCCGCCUAUCGCUCUCUGGGAAACAAAGGUCCGCUUUAUCUUCUCUUCAGUGUCAACGGAAGCGGGCACUUCUGCGGCGUGGCGGAAAUGCGCUCUCCCGUAGACUACAACACGUCCGCUGGCGUCUGGUCACAGGACAAAUGGAAGGGUCGCUUCGACGUACGCUGGGUCUUUGUGAAGGACGUUCCCAACAGUCAGCUGAGACACAUUCGACUGGAGAACAACGAAAACAAACCAGUGACCAACUCAAGGGACACUCAAGAGGUGCCGCUGGACAAGGCCCGGCAGGUGCUAAAGAUCAUCGCUGGAUAUAAACACACGACGUCGAUCUUUGAUGACUUUUCUCACUACGAGAAGCGUCAGGAAGAGGAGGAGUGUGUCAAAAAGGUGGAGGUCCAAGGCAGUGAGCCAUAUCCAAGCAAUCCAAGCAAUCGGAGUCAUUACAGGAUCCAGGAGCGCCAAGGACGGCUCAAGUAACGGCUGGUGCUUUUUGUCAAAGACUGCGAUAUACCUACACCCCUUACCAUGAAAAUGACCACCCCUAUUGCAUCAUUAUGAUCGCCCCGAAAUUCAGAAAAAGGGGUGAGGAACCAACCAAGGACAACACAAUGAAGACUUUCUUAAUUUUCUUUUGACUUUAAAGACUUACUUGGAACUGGUAGUAAAAAGAAAAUGAUUAUUCAUAGGACUACAACUAAAUGCAUAGCAUCCUUAGGUGAAAUUGUUUUUGCCCCUCCCUGUUCCAUCACAUAUGCUCCUCCCCCUCCUUUGUAAGCUGCUUUUUUUUCUUCCUUUUUUAAAACGAAGGGAUCAUUCUCUGCUUUUUUUAUGGUCAAGUCUGUAACACACACGCAAAAGUCCAAUAAAUAUUUGUAGUGUUGACUUCUAAUGGCGUCCUCAAAAUCGGAAAUGGACACGUUGUCUCUUGCUUUUCCUUUUAAACGACUGUGUCACGACAUGCGGAGGGAGGAUGCAACGAUCUUCAUCCAGGACCCGACCCCCCCCUCCCCUAUCUCUCCCCCUCCGUGGAGUUUUCUUUCGUCCGUGGAUUUCAAUCAGAAGCUGGUGUUGACGCCAUCACUGCAGAAUUUUGUUUUGUUUUUUUUCCUUCUUGACUGUUCAAAGUGACCGUCUUAAGAGUUCCAACUCGGAGACAUGUUCAGUUGAAAUAGACUUGACCGAUCUGGUUUUGCAAGUGAAAAGAAUUUGGGGCCUUCUCACCGUCUUGACUGGACGUUAUUUACCCUUUUGUUAAGUGAACUUGUCACUGCAAUGACCUGCUUUCUUUUUCGCCCCGCCUCCCUCCUCUUUCUUAAGACAGUGAUGCGAGUGGCCUUGUCCCCACUCUAAUAGGUUCAAAAGUAAUAAAUGUGGUAUAUAAAGCAGAAUGGUGUGUAUUCCCCUUGUUUUACUGUCACACACUCAUUCUUUUUCCACUCACAGUUCUUCAAGCCUCUCUAGACCACAUUCCACCAUCAAUUUUUUUCGAAAUGUCACUGCAAAGUCCUUUGAAAACGACUGGCUUUUAUUUGUGGGAUAAUA